UCUUCCAAGUCGCCUUGCUGCGGAACGCUCAACAACUGGAAAUUCUUUGUGACGUCAAUUUGGGACGUCACGAUGCAUCUAUGGCGGCCGACAUCGACAUCAAGUUACGAACUUAUUGCGCAACAAACAUUUACAGCCGCCGUCGGACUAAACACUCCUUUGUCGACGGGUACAGUAGAGGUUGAAAUCGAUGACGUCAUAGGGUGGUACACAUCCGGUGCAGAGCUCAUUCCUCCCAGCGUCGCAGCGGGUUCGAGCACCCAGAACCAGGUGCUGGCGGCCCCGGUCGUUGGGACGGAAGUUCCCUGGGCGAUGACGCCGGAUACUGCCAAUACCUACGCCGCCGGAGCGGUUGUGACUGCCAAUGAGGAUCCAGUAAUCGUGGACGAUAGCGUCACAAUCAGCGACACUAAGACGUCACAGCCGAUAUUCACCAUUGACGUCACGGAUGCGGACACAACCGAUCUCGUGGCGGUUACUUCCGGUUUCAGCGUCAUGAAGACUGCCGGAAGUUCCCUUUUCUCGGUGGUUAAGACUGCCACGGGAUGUACGUCUUGAAACGAUUAUUUUCAGCAAGGAAAUAUAUGAUCAGCCUAUGAUAGAUAUGAGCCGGUCUUCGAAUAUUGUAAACUCAUUAUUAUUCGUGGGACAUGAAUUUUCUUAAUUUCGUGGGACAUGAAUUUUAUUGAUUUCGUGGGACAUGACUUUUCUUGAUUUCUUGGGGCGUGAUUUUUCUUGAUUUCGUGGGACAUGAAUUUUCUUGAUAUCGUUGGACAUGAAUUUUCUUGAGAACGUGGGACAUGAAUUUUCUUGAUUUCAAGAGUUGACCGACAGUGUGUGUUUUUCUUUACCAUUUUGGGAAUGAGGCCGUGUCCCUUUGGAUGGGGAAAAUUUGCGUCAUUUUGCCUAA